AUGGCCCUGCAAUUGGCAGAUCGAACUUUUAAAUUCCCUCAUGGAAUAGUUGAGGAUUUGUUGGUAAAAGUGGGAGAUUUUAUAUUCCCUGCUGAUUUUGUGGUGUUGGAUAUGGAGGAAGAAGCCAAAGCUUCAAUCAUUCUGGGAAGACCCUUUCUGGCUACUGCUGGAGCCAUCAUAGAUGUUCAAAAGGGUGAACUCACUCUUAGACUACAUGAUGAGAAAUUGGUGUUUAAUGUAUUCAAGGCAAUGAGCUAUCCAUCAGAAUCACUUCAGGAAUGCAUGAGGGUGGAUGUAGUGGACAUUGCAGUACAAGAAACCUUUGAGGAAACAACAAAGGAAGUGGCAGAGGAGGAGUUCACCAAGGAUAUGGAAGUUAGUGACAUCAAGGCUGCUGAAACAACCAUGCCAAGCAUGCCAGAAAGAGUGAAAGAAGAGAAGGAAGCACCAAAACCUGAGCUCAAAGCAUUACCCCCUAAUCUCAAGUAUGCAUACUUGGGUAGUGAUGAGAGCCAUCCUGUUAUCAUUAGCUCCGCCCUUAGCCAAGAACAGGAAGAAGAAUUGAUCAAGGAAUUUGACAUUGAAAUCAAAGACAAGAAGGGUGUAGAGAACAAGGUGGCAGACCAUUUAUCAAGGAUACCAUGUGAAGAAGGAAGCACACAAAGCACACAUAUAAAUGAAUGCUUUCCUGAUGAACAACUCAUGAUGAUUCACAAGGCACCCUAG